AAAGCUUGCUUGUUGACGGAAAGGUAUGCUGAUUGCAGAGGAAUAGUCGUAUUAAUAUCCUGCUAGCAAGAAAGUCAAGUCUGAAAUAGGCCUACAUUUACCUUAUUGGAGGCCAUAUCAAACAUGGCAUGCCCAUGUGAAAUAUCUAAGGAGUUGGGGGAGUACAUUGUACCAAAUGCACCACCCACAGUAUACUACAUCCCAGAUUUUAUCACAGAAGCUGAAGAGCAGUAUCUUUUACAAGAGGUGUAUAAAGCUCCCAAACCUAAAUGGACACAGUUGUCAGGAAGGCGGCUACAAAACUGGGGUGGACUACCUCGCCCAAAGGGUAUGCUUGCAGAGAAGCUCCCUGAUUGGUUGCUGAAAUACACAAACAGAAUAUCUGCCCUUGGAGCAUUUGCUGGAAAGACUGCUAAUCAUGUGCUAGUGAAUGAAUACAAACCAGGGGAGGGCAUUAUGCCACAUGUGGAUGGCCCUCUCUAUCACCCCACUGUAACAACAAUCAACCUGGGCUCUCAUACCCUCCUGGACUUCUACAGGCCCAUUAACCAGUGUGAGACGGAGGGGCCCCAGACGGAGGAGAGCCGGCACCUGCUCUCCCUGCUGCUGCGGCCGCGGAGCCUGCUCAUCCUGCAGGACGAGAUGUAUCAGCACCUGCUCCACGGCAUCCAGAACGUCUGCCAGGACACUUUGACGGAGAGGGUGGCAAACCUCUCCAAUGCGGUGGCACAGCCCGGGGAGGCACUCACCCGAGGGACCAGGGUGUCCCUCACCAUCCGCCAUGUGCCGAAGGUCGUCCAUGCCAACCUCCUGCUUGGCAGGAAAUAAUGUUAACUGUUGUCAAACAGGAGGAAAGAGACAUUGUCAGCGCACUCUGCAUUUAGGCAGGAAGUAAAGUCUGUAUGAUCAGCCCUCUGCAAACACAGCUUUUAAUAGCUGUGUGGACUUUGUGGGUUGUGGAAUCUGACUAAUUGUAUCUAAGGAAAGGAAAGUGUGGAAAGAAAGCAGACAUGCAUGACGUAAGCUGAUCCCAAACCUGUGUGGUGUGGCACCAUUGAUGACACUAAUUUGUGAGACAUUUAACUGGUAAGCUUUGUGGGAAAGCUUCAGGGACUUUUCCCUUUCAAAUGGGAAUGCUAUGAAGCAUUGUGAAGAAGCAUGGACAGGAGAUGAGGUGUGUGCGUGUGUGUGUGUGCGUGUGCGUGUGCGCGUGUACAAUAGUAUUGUCCAGUCAUUGUUUUCCAGUAAAACGCUAAUUGCUUCAUAAUUCCAAAUUCACCCUGCUAAUAACCAGUAUAACUGUAUUAAAAUGCUUUUCAAAAACGUAUGUGACCAGUUUGUAUUAGACCUCUUGACAUGCAUGUAUUUCAGCCAAAUACCCAGUUGCUGGAUAAAAGUAGAACAGGUUUUACUUGAACAUCUGGACUUGAUUAUAUAACCUAUUCCUAGAAUGCAUGCCAGAAGCAAAUGUUUACUCA